ACACAGCUAUUGACAGUACAUACAAGUUUACUACAUAAAUAAAACACUGACUGACUGGGCUAAAAUGUCGGACGAUCAAAGGUCUUCUGAGCCUGAAGGUGGGGCUGUAAGAGGAACGGGAGAAAGUAGCUCUUCGUCUGAAGCUGUACCUAAGACUGACAAUGAAUCCAUCAAUAGAUCUACACUAGAAUUAGAAGCAGAGGAUAAAAAACGAAGAGAGAGUACAGAUGCUGCUGUGGAGACGGCUCAAGAGGCAACAGUAGAAGCGAAUGCAGAUAUUGCAGAGCUGACACGAGAUAUGUUUCAGAAGAUGAUUGCAUAUCUUCAGGGUGAUCUAUCAGCAACUGCUGAGGAUUACAAACUUCUAGAGCAGAUGAAUCUGGUUACUGCUAAGAAAUACGGGGACAUGAAGAACAUUGCCUUACAGAUAGGUGACUCAAUGACUGGGCUACAGAGCAAAUAUCAGAGUCUUCAACCAUAUCUUGACCAGAUAGAUCAAGUGGAAGAAAGUGUUACCAGUCUAGAACAAGCUGCUCUCAGAUUGGAUGCAUAUUCAAAGAGACUAGAAGCCAAGUUUAAGCAGCUUGAGAAGAGAUGAAAAUCUGCUUCAAAGAGAUAUAUGGACACUUUUAUAAAGUGAUCAAUGUUUUAAGUCAUUGAUUAUCAGAACCAGAUUGUCCCAGCUAAAAGUCUAUGGGAUCAACAGAAUCCACCAAUCAACGUGUUAUGUGCUCUCUACAAUAAACAUUGAAUCUAUUUAGAGCUGAACCAUAGGCAAGAGAUGGAACAUUUGACUUCUGUAUCCAGUUGGAAUGGAUCCGAAAUGAAUCAAAGACAAUGACAAGGAGAUAGCCUUGACACAUGGAAGCUGAUCUUUCUGGGAGAGUGAAAUGGAUCAUGAUGAAGACAUCGAAUUUGAUCUUCAGAAACAACCGUCUGUCAACAUACUGUAAUCUUUUUAAUCAUUUUAGCCCGGGGGGGGGGGGGGCCACUUCCAUUGACGAGUGGAUACCAUGCGCGACCACGGGGUCUUGAAAAGCACCCUAAACACGUAUUUUCCAUAUUCUGAAAAUGCACCCCUUAACAAGUAUUGGCAUGUGAAACCCUACCCUUAACAAGUAUUGGAAACAAAACGAUACUCUUAGCAAGUAUUCCCUGAAAUGAACCCUUUAACAAGUACAGAGAUAUUUUAUUGUUAUGUCACGCGUCCGUCGGUCGUCGGUUUUACCUUUAAAUAGACACCAUUAUUUUUGUUUAGUACGGCCCCACCUUCCACACCUCGCGCAAAUCGGACUCUAAACACAUAGUGUUGGGGCAAAAAGGACAUCCUUUAUAAAACAUUUUGAUUUUGUUUUAUCAUCCCCGCAUAUUUGACCCUAAAAACGUAUAUUUUUCCGAGCGAAAUAGAUAUCCUUUUUUCAAUAUUUUGGUGUUUUUGACACCCUUAUCACGUUACGUACGUAACGUGCCCUAUCUUGAAAAAGACAUCCUUUUUACGUGUUUUUUUGGUCGCGCAUGGUAUCCACUCGUCAAUGUAAGUGGCCCCCCCCCCCCGGGCAUUUUAGACAUAUUUGUAGUAUGAAUAAUGUAAACAGUGUAAAGACAAAUGUUCUAGUGAGCAUGAAUGUAAUAAGCAUAGAUGUCUAGGCCCUGUCUUACAUGCAAUAACUAUUGAUCCGGUCAAGCUCAAGUAUAUCGAAAUCCAUGAACAUCAUAAUUUUUUUAUUUAGGAAAUUUGCACAUUGUCCUUUAAUAACAGAGAGAAGCACACUGAAUUGUCAAGAUAACAGUGAAUGUAUGAAUAUACAUUAUAUCUAGAAAUUAUUUUGAACAAAUAUGUAUUUUAGAUGUUGACGUUGCUGGCUUUCCAUAGUUGUGGUCGAUUGGAUCAAUCUGUAACUCUUUAUAAGACAGGGUUCUGGUUUGGACAGCGAAUAGGACAGCCUGAUUGAUCUGAAAAAUUAAGAAAAAUAUGUAGAACCAGUAGGAUUUUAACCUGUCAUUUACUGCUUACUGGAUGGGGACUCUACCACCAGGCCAUGACCGUUUCAUGGCACAGUCUUGGUUCAAGUAAUAAAAUGUUUUUUCAUGCAAUAAUUUUCAAAGAAUGCAUUUCACCUGGUGGACAUAUCCCUUGAGUCAGGGGCAGAUCUAGAAUUUUCCAAAUGGGGGGGGGGGCAUAUUUUCCCGAGGAAAAAUUUGACAAGCAAAAAAAAAAGUCUUCACUUUCAAAUGGGGGGGGGGGGCACUCUUCUGUUUUAACAGCAUUCUUACUUUACAAAUAUUAAUUCUGCCUCUCAAAAGGGGGGGGGGGGCGUGCCCUGAAUCCGCCAGUGUCUUGAGUAGUUGUUUUGCAGGAUGGCCUUACCAAAAAGAAGACUGUCCUUUGAAGUCAGAGCCUAAGGUGGUAUGGUAAGAAAAUACUUGCAAUCAAUCGCAAAUAUUCUGUUGCAAUUUUACAAUUGAUAGCUCAUUUUCAACUGUAGCAAAUCAGAUUACACUCUUUGUUACAGGAAGCAGAUAACAAUCAGUCGCAGAGUUGCUUUAAUUGCAAGACAUGAAUGAUUUAGGGACCGAAAAAUUGACUUGCAAUUGAUCGUAAGUUUCUUGCAACACCCCAUGAGUUAUUGUGGAAGUAGUUCUUCAGGGAAGGUGCCCUGGAACUGUUAUAGAUUUGGGUGAUUAUAACUGCAUAGAACCUAAUAAUGCUUGAAAUAAAUAUUUAUUACUUUUUCUAUUAAAAAAAGUCAAUACUGCUUGAUAGACAAAUGAAUGCCUGGUCAUGUGUAUGCUCUCGACAAAAGGUCUGCUUUUUCCCUCAUAUAAUUCCUCCUGUGUGUGUUCUAUGUAAUAUUGUCAUGAAACAGGCUUCUUCCAAGUGAAGAAUUAAUAAUGAAGAUUAAUAACUGAUUGAAUAAAUCAAUCAAAGAAAAGAUCUAUGCUAAUAUGAAAACAUACUUUAUAAUUGUGGUACAUUGAUGCUAUAGAUCUGUAAGAAUUACUUUGACUACCAGCAAUUUCUAUGAAUGUUAUGUAAGAGACAACAGUGUCAUUACUGCUUUCUUAUCUCUUACCAGAAUAUACUGUCUCAAAUAACAUGAUAGUGCUUAUUGUAGUGUUAGAUCAUACAAUUAAUCUUAUCGGCAUUGCAAGAAACUUGCAAUCAACUGGAAUUUUAUAUCCCAAUACUAUCAUAACUGGCAAUGAAUUGCAUGUUCAUACUUGCCUACUUGUCUGCUUCUUGAAGCAAGAAGUAAAAAUAAAUUCUGCUAUGUACUUGCAAUUGAUAUUUCAAUUGUAAUUUAGCAACAGAAAUUUGCAUUUGAUUGCAAAUAUUUUCUUGCAACACAGCCUUAGAUUGCUCACGACACCAACCAAGAGAGUUAAUGGAUUUGUUUUGUUUAGUCCAUCAUGGAACCAGCAGACAGGAUAAGAUGCUUUCCAGCUUAGCAGGAGUAUACACAACUCACUUAUGAUAAUGUAAUGUGCUUAAAUGUGUGGAAUUUUGUGUACAGGGAAUCGUUUGUUAUAAUUGGUGAAAUAUUUACAAGGUCAGAAAAAUAAGAGAAUCUUAUUAGAAAAAGGAAUGUAAAAUAAUAUGUAUGUAUGUUCAAUAUAUGUAAGCACAUGUACAUAAAGUAGUACAAAUAUUUCAAAGAAUUUAUGGAUGUUUUUGCAAACUCAGAAGCAUUCCUUAUAAGUGUUAAGUAUUGUAUACUAAUACAAUGAAAUAAAGAUGUACAUCAUGGGUA